GUGAAGGAAGGCUGAUGCACACGCGCGAAGAUGCUCGUCGUUGUCGUCGCCGUCGCCGUCCAACGCAAACAAAACAACCACACGGAGCGUGACUGAACCUCCGCCCCGCCCCACUCUUGCGGGGAAUUGAACGUCUUAUCUCCGCUCGGGACGGCACAACCGGUGGGAUUUUGAGAGAAGUUCGUCGAGUUAGCAGCAGCGAACGAGCCCCGUCCACGAAGCGCGAUGUCUGGCGUUGUGCGAGGCCCGGCGGGGAACAACGACUGCCGAAUCUACGUGGGCAACCUGCCGCCUGACAUCCGCACCAAAGACGUGGAGGAGGUCUUCUACAAGUACGGCACCAUUCGGGACAUCGACCUGAAAAACCGCAGAGGAGGCCCGCCGUUCGCCUUUAUUGAGUUCGAAGACCCGAGGGACGCCGGCGACGCGGUGUACGGCCGGGACGGGUACGACUACGACGGCUACCGGCUGCGCGUCGAGUUCCCCCGGAGCGGCAGGGGCACCAGAGGCGGCAGCUUCGGCGGGGCCGGCGGCGGAGCCCACAGAGGCCGCUACGGCCCCCCGUCCAGACGCUCCGAGUACAGGGUGAUUGUGUCCGGGCUCCCUCAGAGCGGCAGCUGGCAGGACCUGAAGGACCACAUGCGCGAGGCGGGCGACGUGUGCUACGCCGACGUGUACCGAGACGGCACCGGCGUCGUCGAGUUUGUGCGCAAGGAAGACAUGACCUAUGCCGUCCGAAAGCUGGACAACUCCAAAUUCCGCUCGCACGAGGGAGAGACGGCGUACGUUCGCGUGAAAUUAGACGGUCCCCGCAGCCCGAGUUACGGACGAUCCCGCUCGCGCAGUCGCGGCAGCCGGAGCAGGAGCCGCAGUCGCAGUCGCAGUCCCAGCCGCAGCUGCAGCCGCAGCCGCAGCGACUCCCGAGGACGCGGACGGGCGUCGCCACGCUACUCGCCGCGACACAGCGGCUCUCGAUCCCGAUCCCGCUCCUAGAAAACCCGGUGGCGUUCCUCCCCUUCCGUCCUGUGAUGUAACUAGGGUUGCCAAAGGGCCGGGGAAUUUCCGGCACACUUCCGGAACGUGUCCAGUGCGCUUCCGUGGGAAGUUGGAGCAGAGGAAUUUGGGAAAGGUAUCGUUAUCGAGCAUAAACGCCAACAUUUUGUCUUGCCCUAAACAGACGACAUCCAUGCAAAAUACACUUAAAAAGCAUUUCCAUGGAGUUGUGAGCAGAACCUUAUCAAUAUUUACAUAUUCUAUUAAAGUCUAAUUGAAGAACAAAAACAAGGUUAAGGUGAAUAUUACUCAAGCGUAACAAACAUCUAGAUUCAUUGAGAAUAAUCAUUUGCAUUUAAUUGAGGGUUAGGCAAGAUAUUCAAUUGUAUUUGCGUGAAAUCCAGUUUUAGUGCUCAAAUUUGUCGGUCGUGUCAAAAAUACGACAGAGCUUCAGUUUGGUUGGUGAUGUUGGAAACGUUUGACGAUUAGCAUCGUCAGCACAUCUUAAUGAUUUGCACUAAUUUGUUUAUUCACAUCAAGGAAAAAAGUUACAAUAUCUUGCCCCAAAUGGUUGUAGCAUUUUUUAUAAUGACUGGCAUAAAAACAUCUGGACAUUUAGAAUCAAUUUUGCUAUUCUAACCAAAAACAACAAUUUGGUUGACUAUUUGAACUUUUGCUUCCUUUUAACAUCGACUAUCGUUGUCAUAUUAAAAACAUCUUCACGAGUGCACCUGUAUUUUCUUGUAUUAGUCAUACAAAAUUUAGUGCUCGAGGUUGGCAAAAGAUGUCCGAACGUUUUCGAAUGUCCUUUGAAGUUUUUUUUUUAUUUUAUUUGUUUUUAAUUAACGUGACCAGUCACGGCAAUUAGAGCCUUCAUUGUAUGAAAACAUCGUCUCCUCUUCGACAUGAUCGCCAAAGUAGAAAACAUUUAAGAAGAACCAAGCUUCAAUUUGGUCAUUUCCCGCUUUGAUUGCGUUGCUCCGCCCCAAAUUCCCACGGCGAGUUUGCAACUCUUGAAAAUUCCCGCCGUUUUGCAACCCUAGAUGUAAUCCCCAAAACAGUUUUUAAUGGCUCCUUUUUUUUUUUUUUUUGUCCUUGUGGUUAAACUUGGUCUGUAGAUGUACGCCCCCUCCCUCUUCCCUCCCUUCUUUUCUUCCUCCCCCUUUUCCCCCUUCUCUCUCCCCCCUCCCAAUUAUGUUGAGCCGCACAAUGCUUUUGUAACUUUUAAGAAAAAAAAAGAAAAAAGGCUUCUUAUCAUUGGAUAUUUGGCCAAACCGAGACACCAACGCUUUAACUGUAUUUUACCUUGUGUCUUCCUUUAGACUUCUGAAGAGAAGGAUUAAAGUGAUUGGGAAUAAAAACCAAUUGUGGUGGAGCGCAUUUCAUUUGUAUGGUCAGGAUAGGACAUCAAAUGGAGGCCAUGGUAUGCUUCACAUUCCGUCAAUCACGUCAUUGCUUUGUUGUUGUCGUGCAUGUCAUAGUUUUCAAACGCCUCUCUGGCCUGUAACACAGACACACGCACAAAAAAAAAAAAAAGUGUUGUGAUUGCAGUGUAACAUCUUUGAUUUUCAAAUCAGACUUGAUGCAAUGUUAGGGAUUUAUUUUUUUUUUUGUGUGGCUAUCCUGCUCUUUCUGGCAUUUUUUUGUUUUUGCCUUGCCCCCAAUUUUGUGUACGUUCUGUUCUAACGGUCUGCCUCUGAUUUUCUUCCUGGUAUUUCAAGGUUUUGAUUGGAGAGGAGUGGCUCAGUGGAUCGCAAUCCUUUGGAGCUGGAUCGAUUUUUUAGGAAAGGGAUUAUAGGCAAGGAUGGAUGCACGGGAACGGGAUCAGUUUUCCAGGAUUUCCCAACAAAAUUCUCAGAACUAAUUAACGGGGGACCUCCCGGAGCAACUUUUUUUCUUUAUUUUUAUUUUGAAAUAGCCUGCCACCUGCCUAUCUUUCAUAAAAAUGUUUCAGUGAUAAUGGCGAGAAAAUUGACGAGAGAAAAACAGAGGACCAGGAAGUUGGAUCAAAGGAUGGAAUCGUAGAUGCCUGGUAUGAGGGAAUCCAAAUCAAAAUUUGGGGAGGGUUUCAUACGGGGGAGUUAGUUUCAAUGUUGACUUCUUUGCAUAAUCUAACCUUUUUUUCUUCUAGCGUUUUCAAUAAAACACCUGAAAAAGAUCCAUCAUGCGUCUCUUAUUUAAUUUUCUUAGCCGCAAGCUAUCGUGGCCGUUUUGUAUGGUAAAAACGAGCUAGCGCAACCACGAAGAGGGUUUUAAAUGUGUAUUUAUGCAACAUUGAAUCAAUGGAAUCAUGAGCGGAAUGUUAGCAAAAUAGUCUUUUGUAAAUGUUCACGGACGCCACGGACGGCUGUUGCAUUAUGGGAGGAAAUAAGAUGCCGGCAUAGAGGCGCU